AUGAACUCAUGGACGUCGAAGGAAUUGAAGAAGUUGAGGUCGAGGAAACUAGGGUCGAAGGCGAGGUGCAAAAGGCUUGGACGAUCGAGCGGCAGCAAUCCGAGAUACGUGAGUUGGGUAGAGCAACCGACCGCGAACUAAGCAAGUCCGACAAAGAAGAAGGCAUGAUCGACGAAAAGUGUAAGGAGCCUAUUCUUCCGUUUGAAUUCUCGAAAUAUUUUAAGAACUCAACGGCCAUGAAGGACGAGUGCGAGUCGACGGACUAUGAAGGACCAUCUAUUUUUGAUGUAUACCCCGAUGAACACUUUGUCGAGGUCGAAAGAAUUUUGGUCGAGUACAAGGAAGCCAAAGUGAUCGGAGUAAAGGAUGAGAUUUGGGACGUGAUCGAAAAAGACUGCAGUAAAGAAACGCAUGAUGUGUACGAGGUUAGGACGCCCCAAUUAAUGGUCGAUGGCGAGUCCUUGAGGACAAGGACAUUCUUAAAGGGGGCGAGAAUGAUACGGAAGUGGGAAUUGACCCUCGAUGAUGUGAAGGGCCGAGGGCAGAGGUUAAUGGACAAGGCCGAGCAAAGGCAGUUGAUCAAUCAUGUACCUGUUGUCCAUGUUCAUACAGCUGAAAAGUCUGAAAAAUUCAACGGGCUUGACUUUAAAAAGGCUGGGCCAAGGAACGGUAUAUCGAGUGCCCUUGUUGCUGAACACGGCCUUGUGCCGGGUGAAUUGACCAACUUUGACAUGUCGGCUGUGGUGUUUGAAGCCAAUUUGGUGGAUAACCCAAGUGAGUGGUUCAUCGAUACUGGUGCCACUAGGCAUGUGUGUUUUGACAUGGAGGUGUUCUCUGAAUACACUCCUGCUACGAGUCAGAAACUUCACAUGGGAAACUCCUCCACGUCUGAUGUGGUUGGAGUGGGCACUGUAGUGCUGAAGCUCACUUCUGGAAAGGAGUUGAAGCUGAAGGAUGUUCUGCAUGCCCCAGACAUCCGCAAGAAUUUGGUCUCCGGAUCACUUCUUGUUGAGCAUGGAUUUAGGCUGGUGUUUGAAGCUAAGAACUUUAUUCUUAGCAAGAACAGAAUAUUCCUUG